AUGCUUGUGACACUCGAGAAUGUUCCGUUUAUUCUUCUCGGCCUCGCUGUAGCCUAUUACUUGGUGCCGUACGUGCAAAAGUCGCACCUGCGCGACAUUCCCUCUGCCGGGUUUGCCGCGUUCACCAACGUUUGGCUACUGCUGCAGGCCCGCCGGGGUCAAAAGUACCUAACGAUCGACGAGGCCCACAAGAAGCAUGGAAAGCUAGUCCGCAUUUCACCUACGCAGGUCUCUAUUGCCGACGAUGCAGCUAUCCAGGCCGUCUAUGGACACGGAAAUGGUUUCUUGAAAGCGGACUUCUACGAUGCCUUUGUAUCUAUCCGCCGUGGCUUGUUCAACACCCGUGACCGUGCCGAGCAUUCGCGCAAGCGCAAGACCGUUUCUCACACUUUCAGUGCGAAGUCCAUUGGCCAAUUCGAGCAGUAUAUCCACGGCAACAUUGAGGAGUUCGUGAAGCAAUGGAACCGUCUGUCCGACCUCCAGGGUAACCCCAAGACCGGAUAUGUCAGCCUUGACGCCCUCAACUGGUUCAACUACCUGGCCUUCGAUAUCAUCGGCGACCUGGCUUUCGGUGCUCCCUUCGGCAUGCUCGAGAAGGGCCAGGAUAUUGCUGAGAUGCGUCUGGACCCCAAGGACCCUCCGAAAUAUGUCGCUGCUGUCGAAGUUCUGAACCGUCGUGGUGAGGUUUCCGCUACCCUGGGCUGCAUGCCGUCUAUCAUCCCCUUCGCCAAGUACAUCCCCGACCGCUUCUUCUCCGAAGGCCUGGAAGCCGUUGAGAACCUUGCUGGUAUCGCCAUCGCCCGUGUCAACGAGCGUCUCAAGCCGGAGGUUAUGGCAAACAACACCCGUGUGGAUCUGCUCGCCCGCCUUAUGGAAGGCAAGGACGGAAACGGUAACCAACUUGAACGCGCCGAAUUGACCGCCGAGGCCCUCACUCAACUGAUCGCCGGCUCCGACACCACCUCCAACACCUCCUGUGCCAUCCUGUACUGGUGCAUGACUACCCCGCACGUUCUCCCUAAGCUGCACAAGGCCCUGGACGAAGCCAUCCCCAAGGACAUUGAAGUUCCCUCGCACGCCAUGGUCAAGGAGAUCCCCUACCUGCAAUGGGUGAUCUGGGAAACAAUGCGCAUCCACAGCACAUCAUCAAUGGGUCUUCCCCGCGAGAUCCCCGCCGGCUCCAGCCCCGUCGUGAUCUGCGGCCACACAUUCAAAGCCGGCGAUAUCCUCUCAGUACCCAGCUACACGAUCCACCGCUCGAAGGAGAUCUGGGGCGCAGACGCGGAACAAUUCGUUCCAGAGCGAUGGAGUCCCGAGCGCCUCAGCGCACGUCAAAAGGCCGCCUUCAUCCCAUUCAGCCACGGUCCUCGCGCCUGUGUCGGCCGUAACGUCGCCGAGAUGGAACUCCUCGUUAUUUGCGCUACUGUGUUCCGGCUAUUCGAGUUCGAGAUGCACCAGGAUCGACCCAUGGAGACGCGUGAGGGAUUCCUGCGCAAGCCGCUCGCUUUGCAGGUUGGUAUGCGGCGUCGCCGGGUUUGA